GGUGGGGGUUAAUAUUUUCACAUUUACAUCGUUUCAGACGGCUGAAAUUGUCCGUAAGCCUAUCAAGCUCAGCUUCCACCGCCACAGUUCUGAUAAAGCCGGGUAAAAGUGAAAAUGGGGAAAGAAAUGAAAGAAAGGAGCAGUAACACUCUAGCUUCACAGCCAAAACCAGCGAUUAUCUUGCCAAAAACGGUGGAACAAGCGAGGCUAACCUACCUGGAGAGGAUUGGGUUAGUGUCUGAUCUCAAACACAUCGAUUUGCUGUUCCUGGCCAACCAAGCAUCUGUCGCAUUUUUCGGAGAAGUGUGGUAGCGCCAGAGGAGUCUUUGACGGGCAGAGUUGAAAAGCAUGCAUGGAAGCAGCGAGAAGCUGAAGAAGCGAAACAUCCUUCUAAUGGUUGUCGAGAGGAAAAACGGUUUGAGAAGAAGUAUGUCCGCCGGAAGAAAAUGGUGAGCAGCAAGGAGCACAUGGAACCUACAUCAACUUCUAAUCUUGUCCAAAAAUCUUCGAGCUUAAUUACUAUGGAUGAUGAUGCACAGAGGGAACAAGGGCUAUAUAACAAUGGUGAAACUCAUUCAAAAUCUGAGCAAGCAGAAGCAGCAGAGGGACAAGGCCGUUGCAGUGGAAUAAUAAAAAACAAGUUCAAGGGAGAUGAUGAUCAAGAAGAAGAGAACAUCAUCUCUGAAGCUGGUUUGAACCAAGCCGUAUUGGAAUCUGAUAUUCUUGGUGAAGAGAUGAUUGCUUCUGAGUCUGAAGAAUUUCUUCCUCUUCUCGAAGAGGCUGAAACAGAGGAGGAAGAUGUUUCUAAUGCAUCUAGGUGCAACCAGUGGUGGAAUUUCAAAACUCGACCUCGUACGUCCAGAGGGGUAAGAAGACAUGUUCAAUGGAGCAACAAAAGGAAGAGAAACUGCAUGUCGUUUGAAGAAACACAGCGCAACCGCAAGAUCCUUAUCCUCGCUGUUGAAGCAAUUACACAUCAAUUGGAUCUCUUAGACGUUGGCAUGGAGGAGAAGAGCUCCUACAAGUAGUCCUCUUCUUUCAUAUUUUGUCAGCUAGUCUUUUUUUUUUUUUUUUGAACACCGUCAACUAGUCUACAGACUAUACACUAGUUAAGAAUGAAAUAAAAGACGAAUCGUUAC